AUGGAUAUUGGUUUUAUGGUCCUUGAGACCAUCCUGGCCAUGGCCAUCAUCACAAUCAACCUGCUAGUGUGUGCCACCAUCUACCUGCACAAGGAACUGAGAUGCAUCACCAACUACCUGAUUGUCUCCUUGGCGGUGGCUGACUUUGGCGUGGGCGCUCUAGCCAUCCCCUUCUCCAUGGUGCUCAGCAUGGAGUACACCUUGUAUUUCUACACCUGUCUCUUCCUCACUUGCUUCCCACUGGUCACCACCCAGUUCUCCAUCCUCCUCUUGCUGGUGAUCGCCAUCCAUACCCACCUGAAGAUCAAGCUACCCAACAGGCAAGUCAUGUUCUUGGAUUAUACUAAUGAAUGUCUUUCAUUGGGCAGCUACCCUCUGCGUGUGAAAAAAAGCUGGGUGAUGUUCGCCGUGGCUUCCUGCUGGCUGCUUUCCCUGCUGAUCGGCCUCUCCCCUAUGAUGGGAUGGAACCAAUUUCAGCAAUAUGGAGAGACCAGGAACAAGUCGAGGGGGAUCAGCUUCCAGAGAGCCGUCUUCGUUUUCGUAAUCCAGGACAAACCUCCCAAAGACUUCCUCACUCAAGCCUACCAGGAUCCAGAGGCUCUGAGCUCCAGUCACAUCCCAGUCGAACAUCUGGGCCGCUGUUCGUUUACCUCCAUCUUUAGUCCCGAGUUUCUGGUUUAUUUCAUUUUCUUGAUCUGCACUUUGCUGCCCCUGGUGGCCAUGCUGGGUAUUUACGGCGACAUCUUCCGCGUCGUCCGUGACCAUUUCCGCUCACAGCCGCUUUGGCCGGCCAAGAGGAAGGAAAUGCAGAUGGCCUGCACCCUUCUUCUCCUGGUGGGUGUCUUCUUCAUUUGCUGGAUGCCUCUGCAUAUGAUCUACUGCAUCCAGCUGCUGUGUCCCAGCUGUGAACAGUACGAGUCUCUGGAACAUCUGGCGGUGUUGCUCUCGCACCUGAACUCUUUGGCCAACCCGCUGGUCUAUGCUUUGAGGAAGAGAAACUUAGGACUGGCCCUCCGGUCAGUGUUCCUCUGUCGUGUCUUGCGCUGGCCUUCUAUGAAGACCUGCUGUGGUCCUAGUCCCAAAAUCCAUCCUCAGGCGGAAGUGAGAAAGCGCCCUUCUUAA